UUUGUUACUUUCACGCGGGCAGUGUACAUUUGCCAGAAUGUUCAGGCUCGCCAUAUUAGCCUUUGUGAUCGCGGCCGUGACGUGCCAAGAGGGAGGACGCCGCGUCCCCAAAUACGCGGGCGACCCGAAGACCGCCGCCAUCCUCCAGGAGGCACGGUACCUCAGCGGCAACGGAGCCUUCGGCGCUGCGUACCAACAGGAGGAUGGGAUCGACUUCAAAGAGGAAACCGACGCUGACGGCAACAGGAGAGGCAGCUACUCCUACAUCGACCCCAGCGGCCAGAGGAAAACCGUCAGCUACAUCGCAGGAAAGAACGGCUUCCAAGCCGUAGGAGACCACAUCCCCACUGCGCCUCAGCCCGUCGCGCCCACGCCUGGAUACCAGCCCGACCCACGUUACAACCCUCCGGAUUACAAAGCGAAUCAGUACAGUGCGCCCCAGCAGUACACCGCGCCCGCCCCCACCCGCAGCUACGGCGGCAAGCCCAACGAGGAUGAUGGACAGUACCACCCUGAGCUGUACGAGCAGGAGAACUACGUUGCUCCCCAGCAGCAGUACCAGCCCCAGUCCCAGCCCCAGCAACAGUAUCAGCCGCAGCCACAGUACCAGCCCCAGCCUCAAUACCAGGCUCAACCUCAGCCUCAGUACCAGAAUAACAACAUCUACCCUGGAGUGCAGCAAGCUCAGUACAGUGGAAUCCAGAACCAGCAAUACUCAGCGCCCAGCCAACACCAGCCCCAGUACUACGACGAGCCCACGACGCCGCCGCCCUCCCGCUUCUUCCCGCCCGGCAAGUUCAGCCUGAACCGUGCGCCUGACGGCUACACUUACUCCUUCCACAAAGUUUAAGUCUAAUGUAUCGAGAGGGCCCGGCGGUUUGUGCAGCCCACACAUGUAAAAGCACGGAUCAAUUAGCAACUCGCCGAGUCAUGGGGGAGCGACCGCUACGUGCGUACGCGGCCGCUUCAAAAGCAUUUCUUGAUUGUUGUACGCUGUGAUAUUGUGAAUGAAUGGACAGUUUUACAUAUGUUGAACGUUUUUGUUAAAUGUAACCGAGGGUGAGCAGGCGCGCGUCUGUUGGUGUAAACUGAUCUUGUAAAUAAAUUUAGGAUUAGCUGAAUGAA